CUGUUUCCGGGUGGCGCGUGGGGCUGGAGGCCGAGAGCGUCCCCUGCUACCGCCAACAUGGAGAGUUUGUACCGAGUCCCGUUCUUAGUGCUCGAAUGCCCGAACCUGAAGCUGAAGAAGCCGCCCUGGGUGCACAUGCCGUCGGCCAUGACGGUGUACGCUCUGGUGGUGGUGUCUUACUUCCUCAUUACCGGAGGAAUCAUUUAUGAUGUUAUUGUUGAACCUCCAAGUGUCGGCUCGGUGACUGAUGAACACGGGCAUCAGAGACCAGUCGCUUUCUUGGCCUACAGAGUAAAUGGACAGUACAUUAUGGAAGGACUUGCAUCCAGCUUCCUGUUUACAAUGGGAGGUUUAGGUUUUAUAAUCCUGGACCGAUCCAAUGCACCAAACAUUCCCAAACUCAAUAGGUUUCUUCUUUUAUUCAUUGGAUUCGUAUGUGUCCUAUUGAGUUUUUUCAUGGCUAGAGUAUUCAUGAGAAUGAAGCUGCCGGGCUAUCUGAUGGGUUAGAGUGCCUUUUGAGAAGAAAUCAGCAGGUACCAGCUCUUCAAUACAUAAUGCUUCCAAAUGGGAAGUAGAAUAUUCCAGAUGCUGCUGAAAAUUUGUAUUCUCUUUGUUUCUCAAGCUCUCUUAUGAUUUUCCAAAAUCAAUUAUGAAUUGAUACAGAGCCACCAUCAAUUAUAGAAAGCGAAAGUCACUCAGUCAUGUCCUACUCUUUGUAAUCCCAUGGACUAUAUAGUCCAUGGAAUUCUCUAGGCCAGAAUACCAGGGUAGGUAGCUGUUUCCUUCUCCAGGGGAUCUUCCCAACCCAGGAAUCGAACCAGGGUCUCCUGCAUUGCAGGUGGAUUCUUUACCAGCUGAGCUACCAGGGAAGCAAUUAUAGGGUGGUGACUAUAUUGUUCUUUAACAUUUCUAAGAGAGGUCUCAAGAUAGGAGCUGCACUGUAGCUGGAAAUGCCACAUAAAACUCUUCAACAGUGAAUUCUCUGGCAGUCCAGUGGUUAGAGACUCUGCACUGCCAAAGACCUGGGUUCAAUACCUGGUCAGGGAACUAAAAUCCCAUAAGCCACCAGGGGGCAGCCAAAAAAGAGUCUGCUUCAACAAUCAAAUAGAAGAUCCGUCAAAUAUUUAGAUAACCUCUCAAAGGUAGGCCAGGACAAACUACUAGUUCUUCCACUCCCUAAGCUUGGCCAUGAGCGGUCACACCCCUACUUGGUGUAAGCGCCUCUUCUCUGAGGCAUGCAGAGGUUGAGUAAUCCACGUAGGUCUUUGCCACAGGUUUGUCCUAUGUGGGUCCACAUGGCUGGAUGUUCUUUGCCCUGGGCCAUGCCUGGUCAGCACUUUGAGAAGCAAAGACAGAUGUACCAGAAAAAACUGAAUGGGUCUUUGGGGUCUAGCACGUGAAGAUAUGCUGUUUCUUCCCGCUUUGCCUCUGACACCCAAAAUGUCGCAUAACCAGUUUGUUACUAGAAUGGAACUUUAAUAAAGGAACUGCCUGUCUACCAGGGAA